AUGGAGGGUGUGCGCUGGGCAUUCCGCUGCAGCGCGUGGUCUCCCACCCGCUCUGAGUGGCUACUUGCCGCGCGCUGUAUUCAGCGCGAGGAGAAGGAACGAAUUGGACAGUUCAUGUUUGCCAAAGACUCAAAAUCAGCAAUGGUCGGCCGUCUCCUGAUCAGAAAGCUUGUGUCAGAGAAGAUGGGUUUUGAGUGGUCUGAGAUCCGCCUGGAGCGGACACCCAGAGGGAAGCCCUGCCUUACACACCCCUGCCCCCCAGCGGGGGGUCCUGCCUGGAGUUUUAACAUCUCCCAUCAGGGAGACUACGCUGUACUGGCAGCCGAACUUGGGCGGCAGGUUGGAGUGGAUGUGAUGAAGACUAGCAGACCAGGCAGCGGUUCUGUGUCGGAAUUCUUCAGGAUCAUGAAAAGACAGUUCACGGAACAUGAGUGGACAACUAUCCGGAGAGCAGGUUCAGACUGGGACCAGCUUCACGCUUUCCAUCGACACUGGACACUGAAGGAGAGUUUCAUCAAAGCCACUGGGACUGGGCUCACCUUUGACCUCCAGAGGGCAGAAUUUCACAUCUCACCAGAAGAGAUGCAGGAGGGGCGGGUUUACUCUGACACCAAAAUACUGCUGGACGAGGAGGAGGACGACAGCUGGACAUUUGAGGAAUGCCUCCUGGAUAAACAGCAUCAUGUUGCCGUAGCGAUAGGAAGCUCAGACAGACCAGUAGCAGAGGAGGCCGGGAUGUCUCAGCAAGCCACACCUCCUGCCUUCAUCUUGUUGAGUUUCACUGACCUUGUCUCCAUGGCAACGCCCCUGUCUGAGGAAGACCCUGCCUACUGGGACAGUUUUCAGAGGAAGCAGGAAGCUCCUGUUCGGCAGAGUGAACAACACUGACACUCCAGCUCAGCAGGGGGCGCUCACUGAGCAGCCGACACCACUGACCGAUCCCACAAGUUCAUCUGAAUGAACUGACUGGACGUUGUGGUCUGUCUGCCUUCUUCCUGUUUAUCUGUCUGUCCCUCUAUUUCUCACAGACCAGAAUAGACCGGUGAGAAGCAGACACGCGCGUGAUACUUCCUCAGAGGGUCUUGAUUAUGUAAUGAUGAUGCAGCCUUAGAGGGUCUUGAUUAUGUAAAUAUGAUUAACUUCUGUUC